AGCCACCCAGCCAGUGGGUGGAGAGCAUUGAUCGCUUUAAUAAUCAUCAUAAUAGUAAUCGGAAUAAUACAAAAAAAGGGGGCUGAGCUUCCCAGUUACAGAAAGCAGGUGCUGUCCGGGCUGGCUCUCAGUUUCAGCAACUGCUGAAAAGGCGGCGGCGGCGGCGGCGGCGGGCUCCGGACUCCGAGGCGCCCCGAAAGCGGAGCCCAAGGCGCUCCAAGGGGGCAUGCAGAGGAAGAGUCCCGCCCCGGCUUCCCUUCUGGCUUUCGUCCUCUUCUCCUUCUUCUGUCUCCGCUCGGCUUCCCUCUAGGAACCACGGCCAUGGAGCAGGAAAAGAAGCAGCGCCAGCAGGACCAGCACCGGCUCGCGCUCUUCCUGGGCUUCUUGCUGCUGGCCGCGGGGUCCGCAUGGGCCAAGGAGAAAUGUUCUACCGGGAAGUACACAGUGAGCGGAGAAUGCUGCAAAACUUGUAAUAUCGGGGAAGGGGUUGCCCAGCCGUGUGGGUUAAACCAAACUGUCUGUGAACCAUGCCUGGACAGUAUUAGCUAUUCCGACACAGUGAGUGCCACAGAGGCAUGCAAGCCCUGUAAGGAAUGCAUUGACCUGGAGAGCAUGUUGGUGCCUUGCGUGGAGUCAGACAACACAGUCUGCAAAUGUAUCUACGGCUACUAUCGGGACAAAAAGACCAAUCAAUGCCAGGAGUGCCAAAUCUGCGAGGUGGGCUACGGCCUCAUGUACCCUUGUGGAGAGAAUCAGAACACCAUGUGUGAGAAAUGUCCCUUGGGGACUUACUCCGAUGAGGCUAACCAUGUGGACCCCUGUUUCCCUUGCACUGUGUGCGAAGAGGAUGAGAUCACAAUCAAGGAGUGCACUGCAACAUCCGAUGCCAGGUGCAGAGCUCUUCAUCCACGAUGGACAAUUCCACCAACAACUGCCUCAAUGGAUUCCGACACCAGUGAGGCAGUCACAGACUUCAGACGAGAUUUUGAUCCAGAAAGCCCUGAAAGCCCCUUUGCUGUCACAAGUGAUCCAGAUACCUUGGAUGUUUCUGGGAGCACCAUGGCCGGCACAGCAACCACAAUCAUGGGCAGCUCGCAGCCAGUAGUCCGAAGUGGCACAGCAGACAAUCUCAUCCCUGUAUACUGCUCCAUUUUGGCAGCUGUGGUCGUGGGACUGGUGGCAUACAUUGCUUUCAAAAGGUGGAACAGCUGCAAGCAGAACAAGCAGGGUGCCAACAACCGCCCUGUCAACCAGACACCUUCACCGGAAGGAGAGAAGCUUCACAGUGACAGUGGCAUUUCAGUUGAUAGCCAGAGUCUCCAUGAUCAGCAGCCACAGACACAGACAGCAUCAAUGCAAGGCCUCAAAGGAGAUGGGAACCUUUAUACAAAUCUGCCUGCUAACAAGCGAGAGGAAGUUGAGAAGCUGCUGAAUGGUUCCACGGAGGAGACUUGGCGCCACUUGGCUGGAGAGCUGGGCUACAAGGAGGACCUCAUAGACUCCUUUACUCAGGAGGAAUAUCCCGUCCGGGCCCUGCUCUCAGAUUGGUCUAGCAAGGACAGUGCCACAAUGGACGCCCUUUAUUCUGCCUUACGUAAAAUCCAAAGGGGAGACAUUGUGGAAAACCUUUACAGCGAAUCCACUGCUAGCUCACCGGUGUGAAGUGGGGAGAAGGGGCAGAGGUGCUCUGAGCAACUCCUCUGUUACUCCCCACACUUUGCUUUUCCCUCACUGGUGCCUCCUUGGAGAAAGCAUGCGAAGGACAGUUUUAAAAAGCGGUGCUUAUUCUUACGUAGGCUACCAUUUCGAGGGACUCUGAAACAGUCUUAUAUGCACUGACUUGGUUUUAUUUCUCUUCUCCUCUGUAUUUUCACCCAGUAUCUCUUGCCAGUGUCAAAACUGUUAUAUGCUGAAAGGAAGCAGAGGAAGAUAACCAAAAUACUUGUUUUAUCAUGGUUUAACUUUCUUGGACUGACCACAUUUUCUUGGUUCUGCUAAAAGUCAAGAGUGAAGAACCACGUCCAGUCAAUGCCAAUAUAGUUUGGCCUCCCUCUUUCAGGUGCCUCUGUUUGAAAACGUUCAUCUUUGUGCCUCUCCUUUCUCCUCUAUGUGAAUCCUGUUUCCGUACUUCCACCUCUUGUUCUUCUAUCACCGGCUCAUCCCUUCUGGGGACCAUUGUCCCCUAAACUGAGGAACAAAUGGAGGUCUGUCUGAAUAUGUUGCAUGACUGGUGAUGGAUUUAAGGAAAGCAAAAAAAAAAGAAGAAGAUGAAAUAUUGGGCUUGGAGCAAGAGGAUAUAUGACAUGAGGAGGACACUGUGGUGACUUGUUUUGAAAGACAUUUCUGGAUGAUCUCUGGGUGGGAGGAAGAGAGGCAGACAGAAGAUGGGAAGGACAUGAUUUCUGGGUAUCAAAGUGACACUGAUCAAACCUUGAAAUUUAUGAAUGGAACUAAAAGCAAAAUCAUCCACAGUUCUAUCUGUGCAUUGGAGUGAUGGCAUCUUAAUCCCUGCCUUCUUUUUUUUUUCAUGCUCAGAUACAUUCCUGUAGUUGAAGUAAGCCGUAGUGAUCCUUGCACUGUAGCUUUCUUCCUGGAUUUGAUCAAAGCUAGCAGAAUCAUAAACUGGACAGCACUGAUACAAAAGGGUUAUAAGCCAUACUGAGGAGUGGAACCAGUCUCAACCAACCAACCAACAGUGCAGAUGGCAUUUGUUAAUGGGUGUGAAUUAUUAAUAAUCACUGUGAUGCUAUAAAUCAAGCCAAAAACCAGGUGCAAUGUUAGUCCAGGUGUUGUGUUGGUGAGACUUUGGAAACUGUACUCUGUAACCUUUCUCAAGAGUUAUGAACCAAACACUGUGGGUUAUCAAGCCAUUACCUCUGUAGUAUUAAAAGGGUAGAGCGAAAUAACCCCUGGGUGGCCUUAAGGCUUACAGUAAAUAUAGGAGAUUUCUUGCUUUUACACAGAUUGUAUGAACAAAUUCUUUGAGCAAAAUUGGAAUUUAUUUCUGCAUCUUGUGAUGCACGACUUCUAGGGUUUGCUAGCAUUUUCCUUUUUCAUCAAUAUUAAAAGGGACUGGGAGAAAAACACAGGGGAAAAAGGUGUCCAUAAGCUAUGAGGAAUAAUUAGAAAUCCUUGGGGCAAGAACGGUGAACUGGAAUUGAACCAUCAUCUCAUCCAACCCUGAUACAUAUUACAAGGAAGAUCUGUUUUGCUAUGUUUUAUUCUGAUUCUGAACAGUUAUAUAAACCUGUUUAAGAACUUAUUGUUUGGAAUUUUUCAGCAAGUUGGGCCACUAGUGGGUAUUAUUUUACUGUGUCUGUUAUUCUUCUGAAUUGAAACUAAGUAGAGAGAAGAAUUCCCUGAUAUGCACAUGCAUUAAAUGAUGGUGGCUUGUGGAAAUGAUAAAAUCAAAUUUAGAGGAAUGCCAGAACAUAAUGAAAAGUUUGAAACAGCUACUUUUUCUGUAUCACAUUUUCCAGAGUCUUCCAAUCACCAUUGCUCAUGUUAGUUGGAGGAAUUUAGGAAUUAUUAUCCAGUAAGGUGAUUUCUUCUUCAUGGUCUCUAUGGAAUCAUACAUAUGGUAGUUUCUGUGCAUGCGCAGCAAGCUCAAAAUUUUCCAGUAAGCUCUUCAGAGCCUUAUGGCUAUAGCCCCGCCCACCUUCCCCAGAAGGCAUAUAGGCCAUGGGAGGGGCUGUAGCCUCAAUUCCUUUUUUCUGCAGUUGCAGCAACAGCGUUUAGGAACCUCAAAAAAACUUACCUGACAUCGGACUGUUUGAUGACGACUAGCUUAGCCCUUUCACUUCAUAACAGUAUUGACCUCAGACCUCCCCAACUAGUUUACAACUCAUCUGUGACCCUCACCUGGGCAGGUUGACUACUCUACCUUUAGGCCAGUAUGUCUACUGCACAAUUUUAAAAAUGUGUUUUCUUUGGAGGCAAACUGCCAGAUUCAGAUAGGCAUACUAUGUGCCUCUUGUGUUUGGGGGAAUCCCACUAUGUCCAGAUCUGUUUGGUUUGCCUGGCCCAUAAAAACUGCGAAACCCACUUGAAGGCACUCCUUUAUGAGAAGGCCCUGCUCCCUCUCAUGCCAACAGCUAGGCGAGCAGCUUCUGAGAAGCCUGGCCCUUCACAGGCUGUGGCACCAAGCUUGUUACAGUCAGUGACCUCCCUCCCUGUGGCAUGGCAACCUAAGCACAAGCAUGCCAGGUCCCCAUGAGUGACCUCACCGGGCAGAAAUGCCAACCAGCAUAAAGAGAAACACAAGAAAAAUAAAGGCCUCAAGCAUUCACAGGGGAGAUGUGACACCACUUGUCUCAAGCAGGUGCCUGCGCAGCACCCAGAUGUGGCCUUGCUUCCUCUUGUGAAGGCAGCCCAAUGCUAGGUUGGAAGCAUAUGAUGCCAAUCUGAUUGUGCCUUCCGUGGCUGCAGGGGAUGCACAGCACCAUUUCACUGCUUCUUCAUCCAAUAAAGACUACUCUAGUCCUUUUGCAGGACCUUGGCCUGGUGAUCAACCAAUCAUGUCUCCAACCGAUACAGCAGAUUCCGUUUAUAGGAGUGAACUACACUGGACUCCAUAGAAUCCAGAGCGUAUCUUCUACACGGCCGCUUCAGAAUGUUUUGGGUGACAGUGCUCCAUGACCCACACUUAUCGGCCAAGCACAACCAGUUGAUUUUAUGGCAAAUGUCAUCAACAACAACAGUAAAGCCAUUUGUGCAUCUCCGGCUGUGGCACCUGCAGGCCUGGCUUCUACGAGUCUGAGAAUGUCACGGACGGUUCAGCGUUUACUAUGGUGGUGGAUUAUACGAACCAACAACUGUGCAGGGACUCCCCUUCAUGCACCAGGGUUGACAAUGGCACUUACAACAGAUGCCUCUCCAAGGCUGGGGGGGAACAUGUGGGAACUCUCGCAACCCAAGGGCUGUGGUCAGCGGAAGAAGUCUUAUUGACACAUUAAUUUUCUAGAGCUAUACUGGCAGUUCAGAAGGUCCUCAGAGCCUUUGAGCCAUGCCUUCAGGGACAGGUAGUGCAACUACUGAUCUAAAACACUACUGUGAACUAGUAUAUAAACAAGCAUGGGGGCACUCAAUCCCACUCGUGUACCCCUGGAAGAUAUCUGCAGGGCAACCACCUGGGCCACCCCACUUACUUUCUCAACCCACUACAAGAUUGAUCUCCUCUCCAAGCGACAAGCUGGAUUUGGUAAAGUGGUCCUCUUCUCAGUUGGGCCAUGACACCCACCAGCCAAGAUUUGUAGCUUCCUAGUCUACCAUAUGUGCAAUUUCACUGAGACCAUAAAGAAGAAGGAAUGGUUGCUUACCUGUAACCAUGUUUCUUCGAGUGGCCAUCUGUGAAAUCUGCACAUCCCCGCCCAUCCUUCUCAUUAUUGUCAUGCCUCCAUGUCUCUACCACUGCACUGAGGCAGAAGAACUGAGGCUACAGCCCCUCCUACAUCCUAUAUGCCUAUUGGGUAAGGUGGAUGGGGCUAUAGCCAUAAGGCUGUGAAGAGCUUGCUAGAAGAUUCCGAGCUUGCACAUAAACUACCAUAUGUGCGAAUUUCACAGAUGACCACUCGAAGAAACAUGGUUACAGGUAAGCAACCAUCACUUUUCUGGGCUCUGUACAGAAGGGGAUUUUAACUUCUCAUCCCAUCCAAAGAGAUCAGCUAUGUAUGAUGAGGGGUAUGGUUCAGCUAAGAAAUGUGGGUGCUCUGAUCUAGACUCAUUGACCAAGAUUUUAUGUGGUGUGUGUAUGUGUAACCACUUCAUGUGAACUACCAAUCUUCAUAGGGCAGCUACUGCAGCUAUUCAUUGGGUCUGGAGGGGGAAGGGAUUGGGCAAUGGAGACUGACUCUUAUCCUGCUGCAGUACGCAAGAAAUAAAGUGUAGGGAUAUUGUUGUUUUUUUUAAAAAAAAAAUAUAACAAAUAUUGUAGUAGUAGAUCCAUAGGGCUUGGCAGCUGUUGUAAUAGGGUAUACGGUGAUGAAUGGAACACUGCAGGCUGCAGAACGUAUCAUGGUAAAAUGGGAGAUGUGCAUGUGUGUCAGUAAGAAGAUUUCAUCCAUUCUGUUUCCUUUUUAAAAACCACUGGAAUGUUUUUGCCUUAACAGGAAUGUCCAAAAUUUGCCUUGGAAGUUUAUUUUAUACAACAUUGAAUGAUAGUUCCAAAGGGAUUAUCACAACAUGGUGAAGGAAAGGGAGUACUAUUUUUGUUAGCUUAGCUAUUCAAGAUCAUAUUUUGCGUAGAACUGUAGAGCAGGUAUGCAGAACACAUGGCUCUCCAAGUGUUUUGGAUUAGAGCUCCUAUUGGCUCUAUUCAGAAAAUGUAAUAGUAAGGUGCUAUGAGAAUUGUUAUCCAAAACAUUUAAAAGGCUGAAAGCUCCCCACCACAGAAAAAAGAAUCUGAAUCUGAGAUUUUUACAUGCUAUUUACUGAGCUAUGGGUCAUUAGUAUCAGGUCUUUCAUGAUACAAUCAUUAUUCUUGUACUCCUACACUGCACAUAAUUUCUUUUUCAUAUGAAGGAACAUGACAUGAUUAGGUAAAAUAAUCCAAACGACAGAGCAGAAUGUUUUAGCUGUCUUUGAGUAUGAAGGAUGCUUGAGCAUGUCUGUCCUCUUUAGGUACGAUGCAGCAAACCAGCCUUUUCCUUUCCACCUCUGCUAUAUCUAAAUAGAUUGAUGGAAGCAUGAUAUAAUUCUUGUUGAUCAUUCCAGCAUAGUGAGUAGUGUUUUCCUAUGUGGUAGCUUGAUUUCUGCAUUCAGCACAAAAUACAAACUUCUUGAACUUCAUCUGUAUGAUCAGAUUUGAUCAUGAUUAGCAAACUGUAGUAAUUAUUGGCAGUAUCAGAUCUAAUAUAAUAUGAGACAGCUAGUUACUUAUAGAGCAACAGGGGAAUAAAAAAUAACAUUUUCAAAAGCAACAUAAUGAGUUUAAUUAGUAUUGGUGUCUAGUUACUUCAAAAGGUUUUUUGGAGGUAAUUUGACAGGGAUUUUACGUUUUACGUCACUCUCUUAUCACACUUAGGGUCCCUCCUCCAAAACAACAACAACACAUGAUAAAAAAAACCAAAAAAAACAUAACAAACGACAAGAAGUAAUGUGUCAUGGUCUUCUCAAUCUGAAAGUUAUAAUCACUAAUUCACAAAAUAUUAAGAAAUUCUGAAAAUGGAUUAUCCCUUCUAUGGAUAAUAUAACAAUUGUGGUUCAUUGGAGAGACUUUGUGGUAGUGAAAUACUAGUACCAUAAUCUCAUAUCAUCUUGGAUAUUAAACCCUGCAAGGGAAGCAUCUGGUUCACAAUCUAGAAUGCAAGUGAAACCAAGACAGCUGCAAGUCCUGGGUGAAUCUUGUGUCUAAAAGGCCUCCCGUGGACCUCAUGUGCUUUCAUGAUGUCCUGGCAACCCUGGCAAGUGUGCAUAUGGGCUUAAGCAAUGUCUGGGAACCACAUUAGACUUCAGUGCACAUCUGAAGAAUCCCUGGCAUGCCAUAUUGUCAAUGAUCUCAUUGACCAUGGGAAGAAGCCAAAUUUUAUUAUAUGUGCACACACACCUAGAGAACCUCUGGAUUAGCCAAGCGAUUCCAGUAAGCCUUGAUUUCAUUUAGGGAUUUGUUCCACCACAGGCAGAAGAACAACACAUUCAACAUCUAUUGUGAUUGUAGCAGAAUUUGGCACCAUAAUGCCUCCUAAACCUAUCUUAACAGCCCCAAACUCACCAAGUGGUGAAGAUCUAUUCUACUGUUGGUAGAAGUGCUCCAGGGUGAUCUUUCCAGCUGCCUCUUGCUGUAAAAUGGAGGUUAGGAGAUUAUAUGCAGGAGCUGGGUCAGGUGAUUACACGUGAUUGCACAUUUGUAACACUUUGCGAUGCUGGAUUUUGUAUUUUAUUUGCACAGAAGAAGCAUCAAAAGGCUUCACUUUUCAAGGACUUUCUUGCAGCAGUCAGAAAAGUAGGGAAAUUAUUCAUUGUUGCAUGCUGGAAUGAAAUUUACAAAUAGUAAUAUCCCUGCUUCAGAAUUCAAACCCAAAUGUUCUUUUUUUUUUAACAUCUUGGAAAUACAAAGGUGGCCAAUUCUUCAGCUAGCAACCAUCUAGAGAUGAGAGACGAGUAGAGAUGGGAGUGUGGAGAAUGCAGAUCAAAACAUGGCUGUAAAAUGGGAUUGUUCCAUUCAGUAAUUCAAUUUAAUAUGGACAAAAGUGUACUAUUUUGGAGCCAUGCUUAUUUCAAAAUGGCAUUUGCAUGAACGAGAGAAUAAAUCUUUGGAAAUGGUUUCUCAUAUGACUUUUUUGACCAGUUUCUGUAUCUUAGGAAGGAUGGAAGGAAUUCUUUGGAAAGAGAAAAAUAAAAUAGCCAAAGUUAUUAUCUAUUAAAAAAAAUCUCUGUUGCCUUUUAUAUAUUUCAUUUGUUUAUUGUGACACAUGGGGAACCUUUUUUAAUUAAUGUUAUUACCUUGUCCCAUGGUUUGCCUGUAAUACAAAUGCAAAUUUAUUAGAACAUUCUUACUGCCAAUAAAUAUUUCUGCAACAGAA